GUCGCUAAACAGGCAGGCCGUAUCACUCUUGGAGUCAUGGACAGCGCUAGAGAGGACGGCGCCAUCUCAAGGGAGGAAUGGAAGAGAGUAGCGUCCGCCAUCUCCGCUGUCUUCAUGAGGGUAGUAAGGGAAAACCCUGGACCCCCCCCCUGCUGUGAGAGUGCCGGAUGGCACUACGGCAUGUUCAAAAGAAUUCUUUGCGCUGACGAACGGUCGGCUAAUAUGUACAGGGCGGCAGUGGCCUUGGUGGGAGAGGUAUGGAAGGGAGCUAAGCUGAAAGCGGUGGAUAAAAAGGAUCUACCUAUGCGUCCGCGAGCACGUGUCUGGCUUCCUUCCGAACUCUCUACCACCGAGGGAAUGGAGGAAAUCCUCCGCUACUGCAACCCGAAACUCCCCACGCACAACUGGAAGGUGGUUAUGGUGGAGAAGACCGAGAGAUCAUAUCGGCAAGCGCUGAUUCUGCUGAAUGCAGAAUCUCUCGGCCCUCUCGCUGAAACAAAAGGGGUUAUCAGCUAUGGUUUCGAAAAGGUAGUCCUUAAGGUCUACCAAAGCGAUGCCAGAGCGGAUGCCUCUGCUCAUCCGGAGGUGCGGGAGGAAGAAGGGCCCACAGCUGAGGAAGCUCCUGUGGACAUGGAGAUAGACUCCGUCACGUCGGAGGUUGACAGUGCUGGUGACGCUCCCUCACGACCAGGGUCCGUUAUUAGCAUAGGGUCAUUCUUCGACAGGGCGGAGGAGGAGAGGCUUCUGGCCUCGGAAAGUGAGGACACCGACCUUUGGAUGCUGGAGAGGAUUAUCGAAGAUGAUUAUUCUUCAGAUAAAUCUUCAGCAUUCUAAGGCGGCGUCCGCCAAUCUACUGCUCCAUCUUGAACAAGGUGGAGUUGACAUAGUUCUGAUCCAGGAACCGUGGCUGAGCAGCAGCGGCAUUUCUGGACUCAGGACGAAAAGAUAUAAACUGAUGGCGCAUAGCGGGUUAGCAAUGAAGACAUUGUGACUGUGAGCCUAGAGGGCCCUGCGGGGAAGCUAUGGCUGAUGUCGGCCUAUAUGGCGCAUGAGGACGAGGUGGAGCCACCUCCGAUGAUGCUGAGGGAAGCCGUGGCAGAAGCGAGGCGCAGGAAAACCGGCGUUAUUGUAGGGACGGAUGCAAACUCCCACCAU